ACGGGAGGAGGAGGCGGAGGAUGAGGAGGAGGGCAGUGAAGAAAGUGGGUGCUGGUGCCAGACGCAGUAAGAAGUGAACGUACGUGUGCAUGGUGCUGCUGAGAGUGUGACGUGAUAUUGCAGCCCGCUCCUGGAGCUCUGCAAGCAGCCAGUAAAGCGCCUUUUUGCGUCCUCGCUGAUUCCCUAAACAUCUCCUACUAAACACGGAUUUUUUUCUCCGCCUCCUCGACAAGAUGAGAGGAUGCUUUUUGACGACUUGCUUGGGAAUGGAAUAGAAAUGACGAAUAUACCUGUGGUCUUAUUGUAAAAAAAAAAAUCUUUUUUGGAAAAAAAUUCUCUCAUUAGUGUUAAAUUCAGUGACUGUCGCUUGGCUCUGCUUUAUUUUAUUGUGGAUGGGAAAGCCUAUGCAGAUGAUGAGGAGGAGGACCGUGGAUACGAGCGGGCAAAGCGGAGUGUAACGCAUUUUAUUUGCUUUUAUUUUUUGAAGCAUCUUGUUGCGCCGGACUUGUGUGCGUGUGCGUGUGUGUGUUGGAGUAUGGAAUCACUUGAGGGCUGCGGAAUUGAUUUAUAAAGGAUGUGCUCAAGUAUGUUGGGAAAAUAGCCAUAGCUUCCGCGGUGUAAGGCCAAAUGACAUAGGAUGAAGGCUGUUCGCAACCUGUUGAUUUAUAUAUUUUCCACCUAUCUUCUGGUUAUGUUUGGAUUAACGGGUGCCCAAGAUUAUUGGUGUUCCACUCUGGUGAAAGGGGUCAUCUAUGGAUCCUACUCUGUGACUGAAAUGUUCCCUAAGAACUACACGAACUGUACGUGGACACUUGAAAACCCAGACCCGACCAAAUACAGCAUCUACCUGAAGCUAUACAAGCAAGACCUGAGCUGCUCAGAGUAUUCUCUGCUCGCCUAUCAGUUUGAUCACUACUCGCACGAGAAGAUCAAUGCCUUGCUCAAGGUCAACGAGUCGAUCGUGUACCUGUGUGAUUCCAAGAAUAUUUAUGUGUUUUUACUCUACGACAAGAAUUUUGUUCAGCUGCGGAGAGUUUUCCCCUCUGAUUCUAAUGGAUUGAUGCUGCAGAAGCUGGAGGAAGAAGAGAAGUCAAUCGUGGAGUUUCUGGUGUUGAACAAGGCCAGCCCCAGCCAGUUUGGGUGUCAAGUGCUUUGUACAUGGUUGGAAAACUGCCUGAAAUUAGAGAAAGGCACAGUGGAGACGUGUGGCAUAGUGUACACAAAAUGCACGUGUCCCCAGCAUUUAGGAGACGGAGAAUCCGAGAGCAUGCUCAUGCUCAACAAUGUGGUUUUACCCCUCAACGCGCAGACGGAGGGCUGCUUGUCGCCACAGCUGCAUGCAGGCCAGGUCUGCAAUCUGAGUGCCGAAGUGAAGCGGCCUCCUAAGGAAGAAUAUGGAAUGAUCGGAGAGCAUACAGUAAAAAGUCAGCGGCCGAGAUCAGUUCAUGACACAAAGGCCCUGCAGGAGCAAGCUGAAUCUGCUAAAUUUAUGGCGCAAACUGGUGAAUCAGGUGCAGAGGAGUGGUCCCAGUGGAGCUCUUGCUCUGUAACAUGCGGUCAAGGGUCGCAGGUGCGAACAAGAACAUGUGUCUCACCAUAUGGAACACACUGCAGCGGCCCUUUAAGAGAAUCAAGGGUUUGCAAUAACACUGCCCCUUGUCCAGUGCACGGUGUAUGGGAGGAGUGGUCACCUUGGAGUCUGUGCUCGUUCACGUGUGGCCGUGGUCACCGCACUCGGACUAGGAUGUGUGCGCCCCCACAGCAUGGAGGUCGGGCCUGCGACGGACCUGAGACACAGACUAAGCUUUGCAACAUAGCCCUAUGCCCAGUGGAUGGACAGUGGCAAGAGUGGAGCUCUUGGAGUGAUUGCUCAGUGACCUGUGCCAACGGCACUCAGCAAAGGACCAGGCAGUGCUCGGCGGCCGCGCACGGGGGAUCGGAGUGUCGCGGUCACUGGGCAGAAAGCAGAGAGUGCCAUAAUCCUGACUGCACAGCAAAUGGCCAGUGGAACCCAUGGGGUCCAUGGAGCGGCUGCUCUAAGUCGUGUGAUGGUGGAUGGCAACGGCGAACUCGGGUGUGUCAGGGGGCGGCGACGACCGGGCAUCAGUGUGAUGGCAAUAGGGAAGAAGUCCGGAAGUGCAGCGACCAACGCUGUCCAGCACCAUAUGAGAUUUGUCCCGAGGACUAUUCCGUGUCGAUGGUGUGGAGACGCACACCUUCAGGGGAACUGGCCUUUAACAGAUGUCCACCAAAUGCCACAGGCACAACCAGUCGACGCUGUUCUUUGGAUCACCGCGGUAUGGCCUUCUGGGAGCCGCCGAGCUAUGCGCGAUGCAUAACAAAUGAAUUCAGAUACUUGCAGCAAUCAGUUCAGGGGCACCUUGCAAAAGGUCAGAGGAUGCUGGCAGGUGAUGGGAUGUCCCAGGUGACCAAAAACCUACUGGACCUCACCCAGAGGAAGAACUUCUAUGCUGGUGACCUGUUGUCUUCUGUGGAGAUCCUUCGCAACGUGACCGAAACCUUCAAAAGGGCCAGCUAUGAGCCGUCUUCAGAUGAUGUGCAGAAUUUCUUUCAAAUCAUCAGCAAUCUCUUGGAGGAGGAAAAUAAGGAGAAAUGGGAAGAUGCACAGAAGAUCUAUCCCGGAGCAGUGGAGCUCAUGCAGGUCAUAGAGGAAUUCAUCCACAUCGUCGGCUUGGGCAUGAAGGAUUUCCACAACGCGUAUUUGAUGACCGGGAACUUGGUGGCCAGCAUCCAGAGGCUUCCAGCCGUGUCAGUGAUGACGGACAUCAACUUCCCCAUGAAGGGCCGUAAAGGCAUGGUGGACUGGGCCCGGAACUCUGAGGAUAAGGUGGUCAUCCCCAAGGCCCUCUUUGUGUCCCAAACUGCAGACAUGGAAGGAUCGCCUGUCUUCAUUUUGGGAACAGUUCUUUACAAGACCCUUGGACUUAUGCUCCCUUCACCAAAGAAUCACACAGUUGUGAAUUCCAAGGUCAUCGCUGUAACUGUCAGGCCGGAGCCGAAGGCCAUCCAGACCCACCUGGAGAUUGAACUUGCUCACCUGGCCAAUGGAACACUGAACCCUCACUGCGCACUGUGGGACAGCAACAUAAUGAACGAUUCUUGGGGAGCCUGGUCCACAAAGGCGUGUAGAACGGUGCUGACAGAUGCCUCGCAUACAAAAUGCUUAUGUGAUCGUGUGUCUACCUUCGCCAUUUUGGCUCAGCAACCCAGAGAAAUGACCAUGGAGUACUCGGGGGUCCCAUCUGUGACGCUGAUAGUUGGCUGCGGUCUGUCAUGCCUCGCCUUGAUCACAUUGGCAGUGAUCUAUGCCGUGCUGUGGAGAUAUAUCCGCUCUGAACGCUCCAUCAUUCUGCUCAACUUCUGUUUAUCUAUUAUCUGCUCCAAUAUAUUGAUCCUUGUGGGACAAACACAGACGCACAAUGUGGGUGUCUGCAUUAUGACCACAGCCCUUCUGCACUUCUUCUUCUUGGCAUCGUUCUGCUGGGUUCUAACGGAGGCUUGGCAGUCCUACAUGGCAGUGACGGGAAAGGUUCGGACCAGGCUCAUCCGCAAGCGUUUUCUCUGUCUAGGUUGGGGAUUACCGGCUUUAGUGGUUGCUGUAUCAAUGGGAUUCACCAAAACAAAAGGCUAUGGGACACCCUUAUACUGUUGGCUGUCUUUGGAGGGGGGGCUCCUGUACGCAUUUGUUGGGCCCGCAGCUGCUGUUGUUCUGGUCAACAUGGUGAUCGGUAUCCUGGUGUUUAAUAAAUUAGUGUCCAGAGAUGGUAUACUGGACAAGAAGAUGAAGCAUCGUGCAGGGUAUGACAGCACGUCCUUACAGAUGAGUGAGCCUCACACGGGAUUAACUCUCAAGUGCGCCAAAUGUGGUGUCGUAUCAACGACUGCUUUGUCAGCGACUACAGCUAGCAAUGCAAUGGCGUCCCUAUGGAGUUCUUGUGUUGUCCUACCUCUACUGGCCUUGACCUGGAUGUCCGCAGUGCUCGCCAUGACGGACAAGCGUUCCAUCCUCUUUCAGAUCCUCUUUGCAGUCUUUGACUCACUGCAGGGUUUCGUCAUAGUGAUGGUGCACUGUAUCCUACGGAGAGAGGUCCAAGAUGCUUUCAGAUGUCGACUCAGAAACUGCCAAGAUCCAAUCAGCGGUGAUGCAACAGGAGGCUUCCCUAAUGGCCACGCUCAGAUUAUGACUGACUUCGAGAAGGACGUGGACAUCGCCUGCAGAUCAGCGCUCCACAAAGACAUGGGCUCAUGUCGUGCUGCCACCAUCACAGGCACUCUCUCCCGCAUCUCCCUCAAUGACGAGGAGGACGAGAAAGCUCCUGAAGGCCUCAACUACUCCACGUUGCCUGGCAACAUCAUCUCCAAAGUGAUAAUCCAGCAGCCUUCAGGGCUGCACAUGUCUAUGGGAGUGGGCGAUCUCAAGGAGCAGUCGCUCGCCGACAGCAACGCAGAAUUGCGGCGCGCCGUAUAUCUGUGCACCGACGACGCCAUGCGCCAGAGUGACCAGAACAUGGGUGGCCACGACAUGGAGGGCCACCCACCACAAAGCCAGAUGAUGGAGACAGACUACAUAGUCAUGCCCCGUGCCUCGGCGGCAGUUUCCGGAUCAGCCACGCUGCCCGCCCACUUAAAAGAGGACGCCAAGAUGAACAUCACCAUGGAUACGCUGCCGCACGAGAGGUUGAUGCAUUACAAGAUGAGCCCCGACUUUAACAUCAGCCCGUCAGGCAUGGACCACAUGAAUGUUAACCUGGAGCAGCAGUAUCCCAGCGCCCCAGAGCAGAUGCAGAACCUGCCCUUUGAACCCCGAACGGCCGUCAAGAACUUCCUCGCUGAGAUGGAGGAGAGUGCGGGCCUUUCACGGAGUGAGACGGGCUCCACAAUAUCUAUGAGCUCCUUAGAGAGAAGGAAAUCAAGAUAUUCUGAUCUGGACUUUGAGAAAGUCAUGCACACCAGGAAAAGACACAUGGAGCUGUUCCAGGAACUGAAUCAGAAAUUUCAAACCCUGGACCGAUUUCGAGACAUACCAAAUAUGGGCAGCAUGGACAAGACAAUGCCAAACAAGAACCCGUGGGAGAGCUACAACCCGGCGUGCGAGUACCAGAAUUAUGCCACUAUGAAUGUACUAGACUCUAGCGCCAAGGACUCACUGGAGAUGACGCCUGCAGAGUGGGAAAAGUGUGUCAACCUCCCCUUGGAUGUCCAGGAAGGGGAUUUCCAAACCGAGGUGUAGAGGUGCGGAAGAAGACAAAUACAAACCGAGUAAGGAGGAGAAAGGCGAUGUAUUUUGCACUGAAUAAAGCUACAGACUUUUCUAACAGCCUUGGCAUUCAUGUCUGGAUAAUCGGAGCGUGGCAGGGACUUCAUGUGCCAACACAGACUGAGGAGAGAGCGAGACAGAGAGGAACAAUGGGGGGUGAAAAAAGGAAAAGGAAAACCAUCAGUGUUACUUUUUUGUAUUCUCACUAGCGUACUUAGUGCGGGGCAGCCUGGUGUACAAUAUUUACCAUCACGUGUUAUCUUUCAAAGGAAUUGGAACAAAAAAAACAAACAAACAAAGAAACCCACACAUCUCUCCAGAAGAAACCUCACAGAGCAAAUGACACGCCAUGUGGUCCCAGCUUCAUUGGGUCUGGUCCCAGCUAGACCCAGGAGCACAAUGUAUAUAUUUAUGCAGGUUUUUAAAAAGUUUAUAACCGUCGGUUUGGCCAUUACGACACUUUUUACUUUCUAGUGUGAAACAUGGCAAUGAGGCAAAGAGGAUCUUUUGUGUCAUUAUUAAAAUGAAUGUUUGUCCAGCUACAUUCUUCAUUGCUUUCAAUGCAAUAAAGAUACUACUCACUUUUAUAUAAAUAAUAUAUUUCACAACUUUAAUACUGCAGAACCUGCUUGAAGGAUUCCCCCGGCAAGCUCUCCCAUCUGCAGCCCUGUAUAAAAUAUUUAAAAAACAAAAAACAAAAUGUUGUAUGGUGUAAAUAAACUUUUGUCUACAUAUGUUUUAAUUGUGCCAAUUUAUUUUAAUGAGGAAAAACAGAUAAAAAAAAUAAUGCCAACCUGAUCAAAAGUUCUAGGGGAAAUGUUAACAUUUGAAAAGGAAUGUAAAUAAAAGAGGAAAUAUGUUCGUACUG